UGGUCUUUGCCCGCCUCUAAAUCGUAAGCUAACGUCCCUGUCCCCGGCCUGAGUUUGAUGAAUUGCCCCUUAUCUUGACCCGUCGACCUGGGGACGUGCUGGCAACCGCACUACCGCGCCUUUUUACCUGGCCAGCCGAGCUACGACCAGCCUCGUGCUUCCCAGUUCCGCCCUCAGCAUCGUCAUUCCACGACUUGUCGUUCCCGCCCGUGUCGACCCCUUCCGCCUUACUACCUCGCCAUCCCUCUCCGUGCCCUGUCGGCUUCCGUCCGCCUGCUGGUUGCCUCCAGCACUAGACCGUGACCGAGCCUGAUCGCACUCGACUGCUCCUGCACCACACACAGCUAACCAGCAAUGCUUACACGACAGAAGAUGCUCCGCCGCAAGAAGAACGUGAAGAAGGGGAUCCAGUUCUGCCUGAUGGUCUGCGGUGCCUCAGGAACUGGACGCACCACCUUUGUCAACACUCUCUGCGGCAAGUCCGUCUUGGACCACCUUGAUUCGGAGGAUGCUGGUGCUGCCCAUGUCGAGGACGGUGUCAAGAUCAAGCCCAUCACUGUCGAACUCGAGCUCGACGAGGAGGGAACUCGCAUCUCGCUGACCAUUGUUGACACUCCCGGCUUUGGUGAUCAGAUCGACAACGAGGCCAGCUUCUCUGAGAUUGUGGGCUACCUCGAGAGACAAUAUGAUGACAUUCUCGCGGAAGAGUCCCGUAUCAAGCGUAACCCCAGAUUCAGGGACAACCGCGUCCACGCCAUGCUUUACUUCAUCACUCCCACAGGUCACGGACUUCGUGAGCUUGACAUCGAGCUGAUGAAGCGCCUUGCGCCUCGCGUCAACGUCAUUCCUGUGAUUGGCAGAGCCGACUCGUUGACCCCCGCGGAGUUGGCCGAGUCCAAGAAGCUUGUCAUGGAGGAUAUCGAGCACUACCGCAUCCCUGUCUACAACUUCCCCUACGACAUCGAGGAGGAUGAUGAGGACACCGUCGAGGAGAACGCCGAGCUCAGAGGUCUCAUGCCAUUCGCUAUCGUCGGUUCGGAAGAGGUUGUCGAGAUUGGCGGCCGCAAGGUUCGUGCUCGGCAAUACCCAUGGGGUGUUGUCGAGGUUGACAACCCUCGCCACUCGGAUUUCCUCGCCAUUCGAUCUGCCCUUCUCCACAGCCAUCUGGCUGAUCUGAAGGAGAUCACCCACGACUUCCUGUACGAGAACUACCGUACCGAGAAGCUCAGCAAGAGUGUCGAGGGCGGUGCUGCUGUCGACUCAUCGAUGAACCCAGAGGAUCUUGCUUCUCAGUCCGUACGCCUCAAGGAGGAGCAGCUCCGUCGCGAGGAGGAGAAGCUCCGCGAAAUCGAAGUCAAAGUGCAGCGCGAGAUCAACGAGAAGCGCCAGGAGCUGUUGGCCCGCGAGUCGCAGCUUCGCGAAAUCGAGGCCAGGAUGCAGAGAGAGGCGGCCGCCGCAUCUGCGGCGACGCCGACGACCGAGGCCAACGGCGAGCACGACCGCGAAUAGAUGUCUGUGUCCUUUUCACCUGCAGACUUAUCACCCCAUCACACAAAAGCGUGUACGAGUUAUGGAGGCGAGUGGUCCAGGGCUUCGCACAGUCGUUUGACGUUCGACCUGGAAUGCUACGCUGGAAAAGGAAUUCGCAAUGCGACUCUGGGCAGGGUUGGGACAGUGCUUACCAAGGUGGCUUGAUUCGGCGGCCGAACAUUGUCAGAAAUGAAUUGAAACCGGAUUUUAUGUCCUUUUCAACCAAUUUGUCAAGCGGGGCUUCUGAUUCAUGGUGUCCAUCAAAGAGCCUUAUCCUGUCGAGAGUGAGAAAGUCUGUGGAUGGGACUCGCCGAGUCUUUAUCUAUUAAGCUCCUGUCACGUAGCCAGCUUCUUUUACCUUAUGUCUUCUUCUUUUUUAGUAUUAGUGGCCUUCUAAUUUCGACAUGAGGACUCGACUUUCCGAGAAUAGACGACGUACAACGUGAUAGUGUCAAAGUGAACAACG